AUGGCGGUCCCCUUGGCCGCCUGGCUGUGGCUGCUGUGCCUGGCCAUCUACUUGGCCACUGGGCAUGGCAUGACUGGCAAGAAGGAGAUCAGCACAGACGGAGACCUGGUGAUCGGGGGCCUCUUCCCUGUCCACGAGAAAGGAGUGGGGAGCGAAGACUGUGGGAAAAUCAACGAGCACCGGGGCAUCCAGCGCCUGGAGGCCAUGCUUUUCGCCCUGGAUGAGAUCAACAAGGACGGGAGCAUUCUGCCAGGGGUGAAGCUGGGCGCCCACAUCCUCGACACUUGCUCCAAGGACACCUACGCCCUUGAGCAGGCCCUUGACUUCGUUCGCGCCUCCCUUACCAGGGUGGAUGGCUCCGAGCACAUCUGCCCCGACGGCUCAUACGCUGUCCAUGAUGACGUGCCCACCGCCAUCACCGGCGUCUCGGAGGCUCCCCCAGCGAUCGGAGGCUCCUACAGCGACGUCUCUAUCCAGGUGGCCAACCUGCUGCGGCUCUUCCAGAUCCCGCAGAUCAGCUACGCCUCCACAAGCGCCAAGCUCAGCGACAAGUCCCGCUAUGACUACUUUGCCCGCACCGUCCCACCAGACUUCUACCAGGCCAAAGCCAUGGCAGAGAUCCUCCGAUUUUUCAACUGGACCUAUGUCUCCACCGUGGCCUCGGAGGGUGACUACGGGGAGACGGGGAUCGAGGCCUUUGAGCAAGAAGCCCGCAUGCGCAACAUCUGCAUUGCCACCUCGGAGAAGGUGGGGCGCUCCAUGAACAAGAAGACCUACGAUGGGGUGGUCCGGGCUCUGCAGCAGAAGCCCAAUGCCAGAGUGGUUGUGCUCUUCACCCGAAGCGAAGACGCCCGGGAGCUGCUGGCAGCUGCCCAGAGAGCCAACGUGUCCUUCACGUGGGUGGCCAGCGAUGGGUGGGGGGCCCUGGAGAGUGUGGUGGCCGGGAGCGAAGCGGUGGCGGAGGGAGCGAUCACCAUUGAGCUGGCAGCCUACCCCAUUAAGGAGUUUGCAGCCUACUUCCGUAACCUCAACCCCUACAACAACAGCCGAAAUCCCUGGUUUCGGGAGUUUUGGGAGCAGAAGUUCAAGUGCAGCUUCCACACGCAGGACUGCAGCCGGUACUCCCUCAAGACAGGCAAGUUUGAGCCCGAGUCCAAGAUCACUUUUGUGGUCAAUGCGGUCUAUGCCAUGGCCCACUCUCUCCACAACAUGCACCAGGCACUGUGCCCCAAUGCCACCAAGCUCUGCGAUGCCAUGAAGCCCGUCAAUGGCAAGAGGUUCUACAAGGAAUUUAUGCUUAAUGUUAAUUUUGACGCUCCGUUCAGGCCAGCAGACACCAAGAGCGUUGUUCGAUUUGACCGCUACGGUGAUGGGAUCGGGCGCUACAACAUCUUCAACUACCACCACACAGACGGGCGGUACCGGUACCAGAAGGUGGGCUACUGGGCUGAGGGGCUUAUCCUCAACACCAGCCUCAUCCCGUGGGCUGAGACCUCCAUCCCGGUGUCCCAGUGCAGUGACCCCUGCAAGAAGAAUGAGAUAAAGAGCAUGCAGCCCGGAGACAUUUGCUGCUGGAUCUGCAUCCCCUGCCAGCCCUACGAGUACUUGCUGGAUGAGUUCACCUGCAUGGACUGCGGGCUUGGUUACUGGCCCAACAAGACCCUGAAUGGCUGCUAUGAGUUGCCCCAGCAGUACAUCCGCUGGAAAGACGCCUGGGCCAUUGGUCCCGUCACGAUCUCUUGCCUGGGUUUUAUCUCUACCCUCUUUGUUUUUGGAGUCUUCAUGAAGAACAACGACACCCCCAUCGUGAAGGCCUCUGGCCGGGAGCUCUGCUACAUUCUUCUGACUGGGGUCCUCAUGUGCUACAGCAUGACCUUCAUCUUCAUCGCCAAGCCCUCCACUGAGGUGUGCAUGCUUCGGCGCCUGGGGCUGGGCACGUCCUUCGCCGUCUGCUAUUCGGCCCUAUUGACCAAGACUAAUCGCAUCGCCAGGAUCUUCAGUGGGGUGAAGGAGGGGGUCCAGCGCCCCCGGUUCAUAAGCCCCACAUCGCAGGUGGUCAUCUGCAUGGCCCUCAUCUCUUGCCAGCUGAUCAUUGUCAUCAUCUGGCUGCUGGUGGAGACCCCGGGCACAGGCAAGGAGACCGAGCCUGACAAGAGGUACAUCGUCACUCUCAAGUGCAACAACCGUGACUCCAACAUGCUCAUUUCACUCACCUACAAUGUCCUCUUGAUCGUCCUCUGCACUGUCUAUGCCUUCAAGACACGGAAAUGCCCCGAAAACUUCAAUGAGGCCAAAUUCAUUGGGUUCACCAUGUACACGACCUGCAUCAUCUGGCUGGCCUUCCUGCCCAUCUUCUAUGUGACCUCCAGUGACUACCGAGUCCAGACCACCACCAUGUGCAUCUCGGUGAGCCUCAGCGGCACCGUGGUCCUGGGCUGCCUCUUCACCCCCAAGCUCCACAUCGUCCUNNGCAGCCCCCAGGCACACAUUGCCCAUCACAGGGGGAUGCCCUGGGUUGGGGGUGCCACUGUCAGACCCCAACUUGCUCUGACUGCUGCCUUCCCACCAGGCUCAGCCUCACAGUACGUGCCCACGGUGUGCAACGGCCGCGAGGUGGUGGACUCCACGACGUCCUCCUUGUGA